UCCACCGGCCUCUGGUUCCGCGAUUUAUCCGCCGUUGUGUCACCGAUUACCGGCUCAAAAUGGGGGAACAUGAUGACUACCAGUGUGUACGAGCAGCCUGUCAGGGCCGGCGUGUGAUGAGGGGUUUAACCGAGCAAACUCUUGUCUUUCCGGGUGUGAAACAAGAGGGGGGAGCCAUGGGAAAACUGGCUCGUUAGCUGAUUAGCCUCCUCUUUGUUGAGUUUGACAGAAGAAGUUAGUUUACCUUCCAUCCAGGGGAAAGUAACACCACAGCUGCGGCUCACAAGCUAAAGCGUGGGCUCAGUCCGGCUAUGACAACUGCUGCAGUCCGGUUCGUCAGCGAUGUGUCAUGUGUUAACUGCGAAAUCCCAAAUUAUUCAAUCCAUCACACAUCUCCAGUUAGCUUCAGUUAGCUUUCUUUCUCGAUAUUCAACCUUGAAGGCGAACUAAGCUUCAUACAACCAUGCCUGGUGAAGCCACAGAAACGGUCCCUGUCACCGAGCAGGAGAUGCAGCAGCCUCAAGUGGAGACUGCUACACCUCCUGCCCCUGCUUCCUCCAAGCAACCUCAGGCAGCUUCUGGCCCUGCUAAGCCCAAAGGCAAAGAUGCCAAGAGUAUGCAGGGUUCCUCUGCCCCAAAGGCUGUCCCAGGCAGAAGAAAGCGCUCUUCUAUGUCUGCCUCUUCCUCCUCUCCCACAUCACCGAAAUCAACCCCCUUGUCACCUGUGCCCUCUCCCCUAGCAGCCUCACCUGCUAGUUCCUCUGCUUACCAGGCUAACCGCUCUACUCCAAAAGUUGUCAAGGCUGGCAAGCAAGGAAAACCUAAGAAAGUAGAGGCAUUUGUGCCUGUCUCUGAGGAGAGCAAGGUCACAGCAGCAGAUCUAAAACCAGCGGAGGCUCCAUUAGUUGAAGCUAAACAUGCCCCGGUUGAGACAAAGAAACCCUCACCACCUGCUGCAAAGCCUGCUGCAGCACCUCCUGCUUUUAAAGUUACUUCAAAGCCUGCUGUAGCAGCACCAGUUUCAUUUUCAGAAACUCUUCCCUCAAGCCCUCCCAAACCAUUUGAAGUUAAAGCAGCCUCAUCAAAAACUGUUACUGCAGCCGCUGAUGACGAACUGCCUCCACUGAUCCCACCUGAAAAGCCAAUUCAAAUGCCUGUAAUUGUGCCCCCUGUUGAGAAAGAACAUGCAGAGCUUACUGCUGCCCCCAUUAAAGCUGCUAAACCAUCAGAAAUUAAGGUAGCACCUCCAAGCAAACCUGCCCCCGUUGAGGCUGCUAAGCCAGCUGCCGAGGCCAAGCCUGCCCCCGUUGAGGCUGCUAAGCCAGCUGUCGAGGCCAAACCUGCCCCCGUUGAGGCUGCUAAACCAGCUGUCGAGGCCAAACCCCUCCCUGUUAAGGCUGCUAAGCCAGCUGUCGAGGCCAAGCCUGCCCCUGUUGAGGCUGCUAAACCAACUGUUGAGGCCAAGCCUGCCCCCGUUAAGGCUGCUAAGCCAGCUGUUGAGGCCAAGUCUGCCCCUGUUGAGGCUGCUAAGCCAGCUGUUGAGGCCAAGCCUGCCCCCGUUGAGGCUGCUAAGCCAGCUGUCGAGGCCAAGCCUGCCCCCGUUGAGGCUGCUAAGCCAGCUGUCGAGGCCAAGCCUGCCCCUGUUGAGGUUGUCAAGCCAGCUGUUGAGGCCAAGCCUGCCCCCGUUGAGGUUGUCAAGCCAGUUGCAGAACCUAAACCCGCUUCCGCUGAGGUCACCAAGCCGGCUCCUGUUAAGGAUGCCACACUAGUAACUGAGGCCAAAUUGGUUGAGGUCAAGGCUGCACCUGAAGAGGUUGCCAAGCCUGCAGCUGAAACUUCAUCCGCUCCCUUAAAACCAGCUCAAGCUGAGCCUGCUGUUCCUGCCCCAGCUCCUCGUAAACUCACAUUUGCAGAGGCAGUUGCAAAACCUGCCCCUGUUAUACCUGAGGUUAAGGUAAUAAAUACAACUUCUGUACCCAUCUCAUCACCCAAACCUGCCCCCACACCUGCUAAAACACCAGCCAAGUUGGAGCCUGAGAUCAAGGAUGACAAGGGAUCUGGCACUGAGUCAGACAGCGAUGACUCAGUCCCUGAGCUGGAGGAACAGGACUCUGCACAGACACAGACACAGCAGGCUCAGCUUGCAGCAGCUGCUGAACUCGAUGAGGAACCUGUCAGCAAAGCCAAACAGAGCCGCAGUGAAAAGAAGGCACGGAAGGCAAUGUCAAAGCUUGGUCUCAGGCAGGUAACAGGGGUCACCAGAGUCACAAUUCGCAAAUCAAAGAACAUCUUGUUUGUCAUCACCAAACCAGACGUCUACAAGAGCCCUGCAUCAGACACAUACAUCGUCUUCGGUGAAGCUAAGAUUGAAGAUCUUUCCCAGCAAGCCCAGCUGGCUGCCGCAGAAAAAUUCAAGGUACAGGGAGAAGCUGUAUCAAACAUCCAGGAAAACACACAGACGCCAACAGUACAGGAGGAAAGCGAAGAAGAGGAGGUUGAUGAGACCGGAGUUGAGGUUAAAGACAUUGAACUCGUCAUGUCACAAGCCAACGUGUCGCGGGCGAAGGCUGUACGGGCCCUGAAAAACAACAAUAAUGACAUUGUCAAUGCUAUUAUGGAGUUGACAAUGUAAUGGGACCUUGUCAACGAAGAGUUGAAGAAAUGUUGCUGAUUUAAUCUAAGCUCGUUUAUACAAUUUAUACCCAAGAUGGAAAUAAAGUUGUGGCUUGAUAAAAUGAAA